GCCCUUAAAACUAAAACCAUAGAAUACCAAGACUCAGUUUGUUUAUCCUCUGUCCUACUGAAAUCUGACUCUGUGAAUCUCUUUCAAAAAUAUGAAUCUCCGACUUUUUCUCUUUUCUUUCAUCAUCGUCAUCCUUACCUGAAUAAAAUCGAUUUUACAGCAAAUCUUAUCUGUGUUUUCGCUUCGCCACCAUGUAUUCCCCUUUCAGAAAAGCUAAUGGGGAUACAGGUAGACAUGGCAGAAGCAAAUCCGUCUGGAAUAUCUUUGUUUACAGGUCAUCUUCUAAAUUUGAUAAAAGGGAUCCUCCAAAAGAACUAAUCUGCCCCAUUUAUGGAUGUUUGAUGUUUGAUCCAGUUGUGGUGUCUACUGGCCAGAGUUUUGAGCGGACUUCUGUUCAAGUUUGUAAGGAUUUGGGGUUUAUACCCCAACUUCCAAACGGUUUAAACCCGGAUUUCACUAACGUGAUACCGAAUUUAGCUUUGAGGACGACAAUUCUUACCUGGUGUGAAAAGUCAGGGGCGGAGAAGCCGCAGCAGCCGGAUUAUUACGCUGUUGAGUCUGUUGUUCGGGCUUCGAUGGCUUCGAUGGCUUCGACUUCUUCUUCUUCGAUCUCUAGAGAAGAUUCUACAAUACGGAGAGAAGAUUCUAGUAUACGGGUGUCAGAGAGGGAUUUGUUCAAGGGGGGAACGGAGAAUUCACCUAUGCUUCUCUCUCACGACGCAUCGGAAAUGAAAUCGAGGGAUAGUCAUUUCUACUCUUCUUCGAGCUCUGAAGAAUCUGUUAUCGCUAACAACUCGCCGCUACUCCCAUUUAAGACUCGUCUCUCCAGCUACUCUUCUUCGUCGUCGCAAUCGACUUCGUCGGAGAUAGUCUCCGGUGAAGUCCCGUCGUCUGCUUCCACGUCAUCGGAAGAUGAUUAUUACGUUGUUCAAUUUAAGAAAUCGGACGUUUAUGAACAGGAACAAGCUGUAAUUUCACUGAGAAAAAGUACCAGAACGGAUGAGGAAGCUAGGGUUUCACUGUGCACGCCGCGGAUUUUAUCGGCUCUCAAGCCGUUACUGCUCUCGAGAUACGCCGGAGUUCAGCCAAACGCCGUGGCGGCAUUGGUCAACCUCUCGUUGGCAGAUAUCAACAAAGUGAAAAUUGUUCGAGCCGGAAUGACCUCUAUGCUAAUUGAUCUUCUCAAAAGCGGCUCCGAGGAGACCAAAGAGCACGCAGCCGGUGCUAUAUUCAGCUUAGCUCUGGAAGAUGACAACAAGACAGCAAUUGGAGUGUUGGGCGCAUUGCAGCCGCUUUUACAUGCUCUGAGGUCGGGGACGGAGCGGACUCGUCACGACUCCGCAUUAGCCCUUUAUCAUUUGACCUUAGUGCAGAGUAACCGAGUUAAGCUCAUCAAACUCGGAGCUGCAAAUACACUCCUGGGAUUGCUGAAAGCCAGCGAUAUGGCGGGUAAAGUAAUGCUGGUGAUAUGCAAUUUAGCAGUGAGUGAAGAGGGUAAAUCAGCAUUACUGGACGCCAAUGCAGUGGAUGUACUGUUGGGGAUACUGAGAAAUUCGAAUAAAUUGGAUGAGUGGACUCGGGAGAAUUGCGUGGGGGCUUUGUACUCACUGAGUCAGGGGAGUUUAAGGUUCAAGAGUAUGGCGAAAGAGGCGAAGGCGGGUGAAGUAUUGCAAGUGGUGAUGGAGCGAGGAAGCGAACGGGCGAGGGAGAAGGCAAAGAAGAUGUUGAUCGCUAUGCAAACAAGGGUUAAGGAGGAGUAUGAGGAUGAAGAAGAUGAAGUAAACUGGGAAGGAAUACUGGAAGGAUGAUUGAGUCGAAUUCACCUCUGAAUUUUGGGUUGAUUAGUAAAAAGUGUAAUUAUAAUUAUUUGGGGUUCUGGGACUGUUUAUCAUGUUCAUGAUUAUAGUUAACUUGUUUAUUUAGCGUUUGAUUUUGCUUAAUUUGGGUCCUAACCUUCUUUUCUUUGUUCUAGGUGUUGUUGUUAGUGAUUUAAGAAUGUAAUUUGGAGUACAAUUGUGUAUAUAAUUAGGACUGAAAAUGCAGUUUGAAGGUUUGUUUUAUUAGUAUAUAGUUUUAUACUUUUGUUGGCAAGUUGCCAUGUUAGGAGAAAUCAAGAGGCGUUUGUGUCUGA